AUGAGCAAAUACAGCCCUCUCAAAGGAUCCAGCUAUAUCCCCCUACCAAUCAAGCUGAGGUCUAAACAUGCUAUUAUCAACGUUCAAAAUAAGGAUAAGAAAUGUUUUAUGUGGUCUGUGUUAGCAGGAUUACACCCGGUGAAAAAUCAUCCAGAGCGGUUGACCAAAUACACCGAUCAUCAAGAUGAACUCGAUUUCACGGAUAUUGCCUUUCCUGUAAAAAUCACAGACAUACAAAAGUUUGAAAUCAGAAACAAAAUAUCCAUCAACGUGCUUGGAUAUGAAAAGGGAGUUUUAUUUCCAAAACACAUCACACAAAAGAGGUAUGACCAGCAUGUAGACUUGAUAUUUUUAACAGAUGGUCGAAAGUCUCACUAUUGCUGGAUCAAGGACUUAAAUCGUUUGUUAAACGAUCAAAAGAGCGACAGUCAUCGUCAUUUCUUCUGUAUGUACUGUUUACAGGGAUUCACAAAAGAAAGGAUUCUAUCCGACCACAUAACUUACUGCAAGGGGCAUGGUGCACAGAGAGUAAAACUUCCAGAGGAAAAAGAUAAAUGGCUGUUUUAUAAAGAUGUCCGAAAGCAGCUUAAAGUUCCAUAUAUCAUCUAUGCUGAUUUUGAAGCUUUCCAGGUUCCGAUACAAGGGUGUACCAAUGAUCCAAACAGGUCGCACACUGAGAAAAUUACUGAGCAUGUCCCUUCUAGUUUUGCCUACAAAGUAGUUGGUCUCACACCUGAGACUUCCAAGAACCCUGUAGUCUAUAGAGGACCAGAUGUGACUGAACACUUUGUGGACUGUAUGCUUAAGGAGCAAGAGGAAAUAGAACAAAAGCUGAAACACGUAGAACCGAUGAUCAUGACGGGUAGUGAUUGGCAAUCAUUUAAAACGGCAGUAGACUGUCAUAUUUGUGGGAAGGAGUUAGGGGACGACAGAGUGCGGGAUCAUUGUCACGUGACGGGUACAUUCACUGGACCAGCUCACAACGAUUGUAAUAUUAAUUACAAAUAUACGGGACGAAUCCCCGUCGUCUUUCACAAUCUUAGAGGUUAUGAUUCACAUCUUAUCAUGCAGGCCAUUGGAAAUGUACAGAAGGAGAUCAAAUGUAUUCCAAAUAAUAUGGAAAAGUACAUAUCUUUCUCCAUGGGAUGUAUGGAUUUUAUUGACAGCUUCCAGUUUAUGGGAACAUCACUGGAGAAGCUCAUAGGAAAUUUGGCAAAGGAAGGAAUGGACAGAUUUAAGAACAUGGAACAUCAUUUCGGUAAUGAACGGCUCGGACUUCAAAGUCAUCAGAAUAUAUUACAUAUUUAG